AGUGUGACAACAGCACGGCACACUAUGUGGUGGAGACUUUGCAGCUUGCUGGCCUGGUUCCCCUUACAAGAAGCCUUUCUGACUAACCACAGAGAAAGAGUCACCGUGGAGGAAGGCCAGACGCUCACCCUGAAGUGUGUCAUUUCUCAGGGGAAGACCACCUCCCUGCAGUGGCUGACCCCAUCAGGGUUCACCAUUUUUUUAAAUGAGCAUCCUGCCUUAAAAAAUUCCAAAUACCAGCUUCUUCAUCACUCCACCAAUCAGCUCUCCAUCAGCGUGCUUAACGUCACCCAGCAAGAUGAAGGCGUGUACAAGUGUUUACAUUACAGCAACUCCGUGAGAACAAAGGAAGUAAAGGUGAUCGUGCUAGCAACACCUUCCAUGCCAACUCUAGAAGCUUCAGUUAUCAGAAUGCAAAAUGGAAAACCACACAUUACACUUAAAUGCUCCACUGUGAGAAGUAAGCCCCCUCCGCAGAUAACCUGGAUUUUAGGGAAUGGCAUAGAGCUCUAUGGUGAAACCCACCAUGAAUUUGAAACUGAUGGGAAGAAAUGUAACAGCAGCAGCAUCCUCAGAGUCCACACAUUGGACAAAAGCUCAACAGUAGACUGCAUCAUCCGACACAAAGGCCUACAAGGAAGAAAACUGGUAGCACCCUUCCGAUCUGAAGACUUGGUUACGGAUCAAGAGACGGCUUCAGACGCCCUGGAGAAAAGCUCCCUGUCCUCUCAAGACCCUGAGCAGCCCACUAGUACUGUUGCGGUAAUGGAAGAUUCUAGGACAACCGAGAGUGACAAGGAAGAGAAAGAACAAACCACUCAAGACCCUCACUUGGCCAGUGAAGCCAGUCUUCAGUAUGUGGGGGUGAUAAGGAGGAAAAACGGCAUUCUGCUGCUCACCCUUGUGUCCUUCCUCAUCUUCAUACUCUUCAUCAUUGUCCAGCUCUUCAUAAUGAAGCUUCGGAAAGCGCACGUGGUGUGGAAAAGAGAAAACGAAAUCUCAGAACACACUCUAGAAAGUUACAAAUCCAGGUCAAAUAAUGAAGAAACAUCAUCCCAAGAGAAAAAGGGCCAAACUUUCCACUCUAAGAGCUACAUGAACUACAUCACACGGUUGUACUCAGGAGCAAAAACAAAGAGGAAGGAAAAUGCACAAAAUUCAAAAUUAAAAGAAGAGCUCACUCAUCUACCAGAGAGCAUUGUAUAGUGCUCUGUGCAGUAGAAAAUAUGAUUUGGGGGGGCAGCUGCAUCAUCACAGUGGAACAGCCUAUGGGAAGGAGCAUAAUAACUGUCACAUGAAAAAUAGACUUUGAGUGCAAUGCAAGAUGGUGUCCUCCCAUGGCAAUCUGCUCUGGAUUCAGAGUCAUGAAAUGAGGACUGGACCGUGGACACAAAAGCUUCAUAGUUUAAAAAAGAAAGGAAAAGAAAAGAAAGAAAGGAAAAAGAAAAGAAAAGAAAAAAGAAAAGAAAAGAACCUAUUAUGUCUGACACUACUUCAGAGCAGGAAGAUUUUCCCAAGCCUUGGAGAUCAGGGUUGAUUUGGCCAGCAAACAUCUCACCCUGAAGGGAAAAGGAGGUCCGGUUGUCCCAGAGGAUCCAGUUGAGAAUCACAUGUUUAAUUUUAGUCUCAUUCAGUUUGGAACAGUUCCUUAAUCUUUCCUGCACAUUCAUGAUAUUUGGGAUAGUUUUGAAGAUUGCAGCUUAGUGAUUUUGUAAACUGUCCCACAGUUUGCCUUUGUCUGAUUGUUUCUUCGUGAUUAGAUUCGGGAUACAAAACUCUGACGGGACUGUCAUGGAAGUGGUGUUUUGGUUAUGUCACUGUGUUUUAGUUAUCCCUUUCUUGAUCACUUGAUGAGGGUGCUCUCUGCCAGCUUUCCCCACUGUGAAGUUCCUCUUUCCUCCUUUGUGAGCUGAUACUUUGUGCAGAGAUGCUUUAAAAAUAUGUAGAUAUCCUGGGCGCCUGGGUGGCUCAGUCGGUUAAGCGUCUGCCU